AACUGAAUGAAUUUCAAAAGUAAACACUUUGGCUUUAAUUGCUAGGAAACAGGCAUCUUGUGAUGUCACAGCUACUCAGGUGGUGGACCAUUGUGAUGGUCUGGAUAGUUUAUCUGCAUAGGCCAGCCAAAGCAGCAUUUGAAGCUGCAGUGUUCAAAACCAUGCAGAUGAGAAACGUAGCUGAAGGAAAACUUACUUGAGAUGGCACAUGUUUCUUCAGAAAUUCAAGAUGAUUCUCCUAAAGAUGGAUUGACUGGUUCCACAGCCUCCAUUAGUGCUCCUUUGUGUGAUCACACAUUCACUGGAGAUGUGGACCUGAGGUCUAUGAUUGAAGAAAAUGCUUUUCAGGCCUUGUCAGGAGGGUCCUUGAUAAAAAGACCACGUUACACAUUCUGUGUCUCUGAACCAGAUGAAGAUAAUGAUUUUUUUUCUCUGACCUUUCCCAGGAAACUUUGGAAAAUAGUUGAAAGUGAUCAAUUCAAGUCAAUUUGGUGGGAUGAGAAGGGAACUUCUAUAGUGAUUGAUGAGGAGCUCUUCAAGAAAGAAGUUUUGGAGAGAAAGUCUCCUUUCAGAAUAUUUGAAACUGGAAGUAUGAAGAGUUUAGUUCGCCAGCUUAAUCUUUAUGGAUUUAGUAAAAUGCGACAGAGUUUUCAAAGAUCUGCUUCUCUGGCUGACUUUCUAGCAGAGGAAAAAGAAGUUUCUGUUUUAAGCAAGUUACAGUUCUAUCAUAAUCCAUAUUUUAAACGAGGCUGCCCCCAACUUUUAGUACGAAUGAAAAGAAGAGUCGGGAUUAAAAAUUCUUCUACAGUUUCAUUAGUUCAAGAUUUCAACAAGAAACCCUGCAGAGCAGGGGAUAAUGCAGAUAGUCCUAAUUCUGGUUUUGUUGCUGAAACUGGUGGAGAAAGGGUAUGUUCAAACUCCACCAAUUUAAAUGUGCCUCUAAUAAGGAAGCCUUCUCCCAGCCAGAGAAUUGCUACUACAACUGCCCCUAUGAGAAGUGAUUUUUCUCCUGCAUCAACAAUGUCAGUUAGACCAUCGGAACAAAUUGGAAUGGAGCAACAUGCUAUUUUAAACCAGUUGACCACUUUUCACAUGCACUCACAUAGCAGCUACACUCAAGCAAAUGGCCACAUUGUGAACUUUGUUACAACUACAACUUCUACAUCUCAGUACCGUAUCAUAUCUCCCUUACAGAGCAGUUAUUUUGGAACAAUGGUGGAGCCUUCCACUUUUCCAACUAGAUAUGCUGAUUUGUCAGCCAGUGAGGCUCGUUUUUCUAACCUGCAACCGGCAGGCAACCCAUGGUUCACAAUGCCAAUGAUAGGUGAUACUUCUGCUGCCUCACUUUCAAGGUCAACUCAUCAACUGUCUCCAUCAUAUGCACAUCAUCCUAAUUACAACUGAUCUGUCAAAGGACUAUCAUUAUGCAAGAUAACAAAGAUUAUCAUUUGUUGGCAAUUGACCACAUAUUGGCAAUUCUCUUAUUUGAACAAUAAAAUUACAUGUUCAUCUUUA